UACUUUUUUUAUUUUUUUGUCAAUGAAAGAUGUUUUCUUGCCAAAGAAAAUAAGAUAAAAAGGUUUUAAAAUGAAUUCUGCAAAAAGUGAUGAUGGAGCAGCAGAAUAACAGCGUUAGCACAGCAUUUUGGUUAUUUGAGCUGCCGAAAUAAAUGUAAAAAAGUAAAGAAUGCACAACAGUUAAUAAUAAAAAAAAAAAAAUAAUAAAUAAAAUAAUAAUAUAAGAUAAAACAAAGAGAAUCAGAAUCAGGUUAGAAUUGAACUCAAACAACAAGAAUCGGGUUAACCCGCGUGCUUUAGUGUGUGAUACUGUGGUCUGUGGUGCUCCAGUGGCCAAGUGUGGCGUUUAAAGUUAGAAGUGUUAGAAGAGAAAGAAUUCGUCAUAGUCCCAAAAAUUUGGAAUGUGUGCAUUGUUGUGUGACGUGUUUUGUACACUUUUGCGUCGUCGUUGGUAGCGUUUAUGCUGCUCCUGCGACAAUUUCUGUUGUGACUGGCGAACGGCUGCGGAGCCUUAGUUGCCUUAGUUGCAUUAGUACAUGUGGAUUUAAUUGCUAAGGGGGUGGAAAUAUGUGCAAAGUGAAAUUUACGAAAGCAACUACGAAAGGAAACUGCAAAUUGCGUGCAUAGGCGGAAACAAAAGUUAAAAACCAAAAGUUAACAAAUAAAACGAAAAAAAAAAAAAUAAAAUUUAAGUUGAGAAUUUAACCUUAGAACCAACCGCCUAACGAGACGUACGUGUGCUUACCUCAUUUCUGUGCUAAUUAAUUUGUUUGUUUGUGCAAAAGUUCAUUAUCAAAUCCACCCCCGUCACUGCUAUGCCAGGCACCAUGUCAUUGGCAAUGAAAAAGUGUGCAAAAUUAAAUAGAAAAUCGUAAGAAUUCUAAAAAUUGAAAGCGAGUGCAGAGAAAAAUCUUAAUUGAAAGAAAGAAUCAAAGCAAAAACAAAAAAACAAAACAAAACGAGGCGUAAAAACAUUUCGUGCUGAACAGACAUACAAAAUGGAUGGACAACGGGCCCGUGAUAUACUCACUCUGCUGCAGGAGCGUGUUGUCUUCCUCACAGGUGGGCGUGAUCGUCGCGGUGGACCUUUGCUAUGCUUUCCAGCAACGCCACGUCGCGACCGUCUAAAACCUGAGGAUCUAAGACGACUGCUAAGUUACUUAAUUAUGAUACCAAGCGAUUCGGCAAAGAAUCUUGGCUUCACAGUCAUUAUUGAUAUGCGCGGCAAUGGUAAUUGUUCCACCAAUGUGAAGACAAUACUGAAGGUGUUGCAAGAGCAUUUUAGUGCUAAUAUACACAACGUCGUUAUAAUAAAACCGGAUAAUUUUUGGCAGAAACAGAGAGCUUCAAUAUCUUCGCACAAGUAUAAGUUUGAAACUUCAACAAUUUCAAUUGAAGCUCUCAACAAGAUUGCCGAAUCUCAUCAGUUAACAUCGGAUUUUGACGGUACACAAAUGUACGACCAUCAACAGUGGACUGAGGCGCGCUUAGCCAUUGAAGAUUUCUUUUGGCAGGCAAGUGAUUUGGCUGAUCGCAUAGAUGAUCUGCAGGAAGACUUACAACGCAAUGACUUCGCUGAAGAUGUUAAUGGUGCUAGGCACUCACUCGAUCAUCACAACGAAAUGAAAAAGAAAAUACUCAAACUGCCCAUCGAAGAUUUAGACAUCCAAGGUAAAAAACUGCUGGCUAAAAUAAAUAUGGGUGCUGCGGGUAGUUGCAGUGGAGGACAAGGUGGCAGUGGUGGUGGCGCAGACUGCGGUGGCAGUGAUUCAGGUACUUCAACACAAACACAAAAUUCCUCACCGGCAUAUCGUGUUACAACUAACAAUCCAGAUAUGUCGGCAGCUAUAAGCAAAGCUUUACGCCAAAUUGACCUCAUACAUACUGGACAGCAGCGCUUGCUCACCCUAUGGCAGCAUAAGAAAGCGAAACUGGACCAGUGCUUUCAGUGGCGUCUCUUCGAACAAGACUGUGAAAAAAUGUUUGAUUGGAUACUGCAUAACCGUGACGUAUUUCAAAUGUCUUACGUAGAAAUCGGUCACAAUUAUUCGGUGGCCAAGUCAUUACAAGAUGAACAUCAGAAGUUCUUUGUUGCCUCUAUGAACGUGUCUGUGAACAUAGAUCGUAUACUUGAGGUAGCACGUCUUAUUGAAAACCAACACUACGCUGCGCAACACAUAAAAACCUUAUCAACUCGCCUUGAUCGCACAUGGAAGGACUUCGCUGCUGGCUUAGUAGAGCGUACGGCUGUGUUGCAGUUAAGUGUACUAUUUCAUCACAAAGCUGAACAAUACUGCAAUAGUGUUUCAUCUUGGGCAGCAGCAUGUCAAGCAUCACAGCCACUACCUUCGGAUAUACAAAGUUUAGAAACAGCAAUACGUACACAUCAAUCUCUGUACGAAGCCAUGUGCCAAGCGUACACUGAAGUCCACUCAACGAGCAAGAAACUGUUGUAUCAGUUGGAUCAUUUGGUACAAGUAUGUAAUCAACCACCACCUCCGGGUGUUCCAGAUCAUCGCAAAAAUAGCAGCUUUAACAAAUACGAAAGACAAAACCCUGCAGCUGAUUAUAGCGAAGGUGCAUCACAUGUGUUAGAUGAGAUACAUCGUAUACUAGGUCAUCACAGAUCUCUGGAAGCCAAAUGGCAUCAGGAAAAAAUACGACUGCACCAGACUUUAGCAUUGCGACUAUUCCAGGAAGACGUGAAACAAGUUUUAGAUUGGUUGAAAAAUCAUGGUGAAGUAUUUCUGCGCAAAAAUACCGGCAUUGGACGAAAUUUACAAAAGGCACGCGUUUAUCAGAAAUCUCAUGAGCAUUUCGAAAAUGUAGCACAAAAUACUUAUAGUAAUGCAGAAAAGUUGUUAUCGGCUGCCGAUGAGUUGGCACGAAGCGGUGAGGCAGACCCUAAUGAAAUUUACUCUGUUGCAAGAGAAUUAAGCAUGCAGGUUGAUAGUUUCGCUGAGCGUGUUGAACAAAGGCGACGACGUCUUGAUAUGGCUGUUAUAUUUUACACACAUGAAAAAGAGGUGACUGCUUGGAUAGAUCAGUUGCGCACUGAUGUGUCUACUGAUGAAACCAUGUUAUCACAAGAAAAUCUAGAGGGUAUUGAACGCUUAUUGCAACAGUAUCGUGAUCAACAAGAAAGCACUAUUAAUGGUUGUAUGCAAACUAUUGCUCAGGGUGAAGCUUUACAGCAAGAGAUGCGUUCGUUGGAGUAUGUCGAUAACACUGGAUCGAUUUCAGCAUUAGAAACAACACUCGAAAAACUUUCCAAACAAAAAAUAGAACUAGAAGAGUUAUGGACAGCGCGCAAAUUUCGCGCAGAUCUAAUAUUACGUUUAAGAUAUUUUGAGCGCGAUGCAAUGGAACUUUCAUCACAAUUGGAAAUUUGGUCUGAAGAACUACAGCAUGCUGAUCUAUCACGUGAUUACCAGAAAGCUGAACAGUUAAUACGAAUGCAUAAUGAAUCCGUUACGGAUAUACAAAAUGCUACUUAUGAAGUUUUACAACAAGGUCAGGAUCUGUUGCAAAUGUUUGAAUCAGCUGGGUUUAUUUUAAUGGCCGACGCAACACACACUGCGCAAGCACGUAUAGAAUAUUUAUUGGACUUCUUAAGAGAUCGUGAAAUCGAUUUGGAAGAACUGUCUGAAGCCAAACGCGCCAAAUUAGAACAAGCUGUGCAACUGUGUCAGUUUCAAAAUGAUGCAAAUCAAGUGAUUUCUUGGAUACGCAAUGGAGAAGCCAUGUUGGUUGCCAGCUUUGUUACACCUAACAGUUUGCAAGAAGCAGAACAACUACGUAAAGAGCAUGAACAAUUUCAGGUGGCUAUUGAAAAAACGCAUACUUCUGCCGUGCAGGUCAAAUAUCGUGCAGACGCACUUAUUAAUGCCAAUCACUAUGAUCCACAAUCUAUACGUGAAAUAUCAGACGAUGUAACUAAAAAGUGGCAGCAACUGGUUACAUAUGCUGAAGAGCGUCAUAAACUCGUGACUGCGUCGAUUAAUUUCUAUAAAACUGCUGAACAGGUGUGCUCCGUGCUUGACAGUUUGGAACGUGAAUACCGUCGAGAAGAUGAUUGGUGUGGAGGUGGUGGUUCCAGUGAUAAAGCACAAACUAUUGUUCAACUUAUCGCGAAGCAUCAAGAACAAAAGGAAGCUUUCCUUAAAGCUUGUACUUUAGCGAGACGCACAGCAGAAACAUUCCUAAAAUAUGCAAACCGUUCACAGCAAUAUUAUAAAUAUCAAAAUCAAGGAAACUGUGAAAAUAGAGUCAAAACAAUAUUAGAUAAAUUACUAACGCAAGAAAAUCAAGUUUUGGAGUUUUGGACACAACGAAAAAAAUCAUUGGAUCAAUGCCAACAAUUUGUAUUGUUUGAACGUAGUGCAAAACAAGCCAUUGAAUGGAUACAUAACACUGGUGAAGCUUACCUCUCAUCACGUACUAAUUUGGUUGGUAAGACACGAGAAGAAACUGAGGGUUUACUGAAAGAACAUACAGAAUUCCGUGGAACUGCUAAAGAAACGAGAGAAAGAGUCAAAUUACUUAUACAACUGGCUGAUAGCUUAGUAGAGAAAGGUCAUGCUCACGCUAGCUCUAUUAAACAGUGGGUAGCAUCUGUUGACCAAAGGUUCAAAGAUUUCAGUAACCGCAUGGAUACUUACCGCGAACAGCUUGAAAAGUCGUUAGGGAUGUCAAUAGUUGCUGAAUCUGAUGCAAAUAUUUCAAUUUCGAGUGGUUCAACUAAUGAUCGACACUCAGAUCCUUCAUUAGAAGCAAAAUUAACAACUUCUGCCACUGCAGCUUCCAAAGAAAUCAACGAAGAAAAGCGUAAAUCGGCAAGACGAAAGGAAUUCAUUAUGGCCGAGCUCAUGCAAACUGAACGUACUUAUGUCAAAGAUCUUGAAACAUGUAUAAAAUGCUUUCUCGAAGAAUUUCGAACUGGUCAUGGUGUACCGGCUGCACUUAUUGGCAAAGAAGAUAUCUUAUUUGGCAAUAUGCGUGAAAUUUAUUAUUUCCAUCAGAAAAUAUUUUUGCGUGCACUUGAGAAGUAUGAAACAAUGCCAGAAGAUGUUGGACAUUGUUUUGUAACUUGGGCAUCUAAAUUUGAUAUGUAUGUGCAUUACUGUAAAAACAAACCAAUUUCAAAUAAUUUAUUGGUGCAACAUUCGGGCACAUAUUUCGAAGAAUUACAGCGUAAACAUAAAGUCGAACAUCCAUUACCAGCUUUUCUCAUAAAACCUGUACAACGUAUUACAAAAUAUCAAUUGCUAUUGAAGGAUUUAUUAUCAUGUUGUGAAGAAAGUCAUGGUGAAAUUAAAGAGGGCUUGGAAGUUAUGUUGAAUGUGCCCAAAAAAGCAAAUGAUGCCAUGCAUUUGUCGUUACUUGAAAACUGUGACAUUUCUACAGAUAAUUUGGGUGAGGUAGUCUUGCAAGAUGCAUUCCAAGCUUGGGAUACAAAACAAAUAAUACGAAAAGGACGCGAGAGACGUGUAUUCUUAUUCGACUUAUACUUACUUUUUGCAAAAGAAGUGAAAGACUCAAAUGGUUCUGUGAAAUAUCAAUUUAAAAGCAAAUUAAUGACAAUAGAUAUGGGAAUAACAGAGCAUAUUGAAGGUGAUGAAACAAAGUUUGCCGUUUGGACAGGACGUUCACCUAUGUUGUCAGAUUGCCGUAUUGUACUUAAAGCAACUAGUUUAGAAACAAAGCAGGUCUGGGUUAAGAAACUACGCGAAGUCAUGCAAGAAACAUGUUUUUCUGGUACUUCACUUACAUUGCCCAAAUCACCAGCUAAGAACUCUGGUUCGUCUCAACGCUCUUCAAGAGAUCUAGAUGAGCCAUUAACUGAAAAUGAUCAUGACAGAUGCUCAUUGGCCAGUUUUGGAUCAGGCAAUACUACAGAUAGUGAUAAUAAGGUUGGCACCCAAGAAGCUACAUGGGUUGUUUCUGAUUACAUCGCCGCACCAGGCUCUAAUGAAUUAAGUGUAACAAAAGGUCAACAAGUUGAAAUUAUAGAACCACCCACAGCAGCAGAGCCAGAUUUUUGUUUGGUACGUCUUAAUCCACAAAAUGAUGAUGCAGCAGUACAAGAGGGCAUUGUACCAGUGUCAAUACUCAAACCACCACCAAGUAUACAAAAAGUGAAUUCAAAUCGCAAGGAUAAUAAUGAUACUAUACAAGAGCAGAGUAACAGUCGUGGCAAGCCAGAUCCAUUAACAUCUUCAACCAAACGACGUGGUUUUAGUGGGCGCAAAUGGUUACCUCAACCACUACGUAAAUUAUCACAGAGUAAGGUGGAAAAACCGUCAACUGAAAAAUCACUCAUCAAGAAGACUUCAGAGAAGAGUCUAAGAUUGCCUCAAAAGCAUGCUGAACACGAAGAUGAAACCACAAGCAGUGGUCUUCACACCACCACAACCACUUAUGGCGUUACAUCACAACAUGCAACUUCAUCAUCACACCACAAUACGUCACAGCAAGAUUUCGAGGCAGAAGAGGAAGCCGGUUUAGAAUUGCCACCACCCAUGAAACCAAUACAAGAGCCACACUUAAUCGCCAAUGGACCACCUGCAUUUGCAAAGGAUUUAAAAGAAAUACCGGCCAGUACUGGUAAAAUGGAUGGCACUCCUGCAUUAGAUUUGAAUGAAAUUGUACAAAUUGUCAAAGAGACAACAGAACAACAUGAAGAAAAUUCGAAGUUCCUUAAUCCCAGCUAUGACAUGAAUAACACCAGCUGCAGUAGUGAAGCUAAUGGACGUGGCGGGGAACUGGAUUUAUGUUAUGCAAAUAAUGUUAACAACGUAACUGAUAAUAAUGAUGAAAAUAAUACUGAAAAUAAUAAUACGGAAACCGCAUUAAACAAACGUCGAUGUGCUUUAGAUGAACUAAUAUCCACCGAAGAAUUAUAUAUACAAGAUUUAUCAGAUAUUGUUAAUGGUUAUAUAGUGGAAAUUCGAAACUCCAACAGUGAUAUACCAUUACCAGAAGAUUUAAAAGGUGGCAAAGAACGCAUGGUUUUUGGCAACAUUGAAGCUAUAUAUGAAUGGCAUCGGGAUUAUUUUCUAAGAGCCCUGAGACAUUGCCAAAGUAAGCCUGGCGACUUAGGUGCCAUGAUUACACGCUACGAGCGGAAAUUUAACAUGUACACAGUCUACUGUCAGAAUAAGCCCGUAUCCGAGCAUAUUGUUAAUGAGCAUGCAUUGUACUUUGAUCAGAUAAGAGAUAAAUUAAGACAUCGUUUGGUGCUUGGCGACUUACUUAUUAAACCAGUGCAAAGAAUAACUAAGUAUGAAUUAUUGCUAAAGGAAAUAACCAAACAAACAAGACGUGCUGGAUUGUUUGAUGAAGUGGCUAGCAUGGAAGAAUCUUAUCAGGUUAUGAAGAUUGUAUGCAAGGCUGUUAAUGACACGAUGGUACUAAGACGUUUGGAGAAAUUCGAUGGAAAAAUAACAGCACAAGGUAAAUUGUUAUUGCAUGGUACACUAAAUUGCAUUGAAGAUGCUAGAAAUAAUGAACGCAGUGCAUCAAUGAUACAAAAGCCACGUGAACUUCAAGUAUUCCUACUCGAGCAAAGUAUUAUAUUUGCUGAUAUAAACACACACAAAAAGACACAAUUUUCAAGUCCCACAUACACCUAUCGAUCACAUAUACAGGUUAAUAAAAUGCAAUUGGAAGAGUUACCCAAUAAUCGUUUUCUACUCAAAUCAACUGAUCCUAACCGACCUGAUUUGAACAUGAUUUGCUCCGCAGCCAAAGUUGAAUCUAAUCGCGAAUGGCUGGAAACUAUACGGACUAUUUUACAGUCCCAACAUGAUUUCCUUAAAGCAAUAACCAGUCCCAUACAGUACCAAAAAGAAAUACAAUUGACCAAGGAAGCAUGAAGUGCAUUAGGCUAAAAUGCAAAAUGUAUAUUAAUUGACUAUGUUCGUAACUGAAGCAACUUUAUUAUUAAAUUUAAAGUCUUCAUAAGACACUACAAAUUUAAGCACGUACAGCAAACUUCACAAAACUGAAUAUACACAAAGAAGAAGCAAAAGUUUACGAAAAGAAAAAACGUUUUCGAUAUAAACUUAUAAGAAACUUAUUUGUCGAAUGGUACAGUUGAAAAGAGGAAGGGAAGUAACUAAGACAAAAUGUUUAUCAUUUUCAAAGCAAAUGUCUUAAAAUAUAUUAUUUUUAAAUUUGUA